AUGUCGCGUGAGCAGAGUCCUGAGGUGGAAAACAAUGUGUCCGAUAAUGAUCAGAUGGACUUGAGCUUGUCAGGAGAGGUGCACCGAAAGGAACGGCGAAGAUUGACUAUUACUGCUACUCCAUAUGCUAGUAAAAUCAGAAAGCCCAGGGAACUGACGGAGGAACAGUUUGCAAAUAUCUUGUACACAUUUACACUAAUUGAUGCUAAUAAGGAUGGAAGAAUAUCUAAACAAGAGCUGAAAGAAGCUGCCUAUCUCAUAGGAAUGAACCCAACAGAUAGGGACAUUAAAGCGUGGUGGAAAUUAGCAGACAUCAAUAAUGAUGGGUUCAUUGACGUUCACGAAUACGUUAACGUGAUGAAAUCCAACUACACGUCAAUAGAUAUUGAGAAAGAGCGUCUGAAGGCGGCGUUCGGAGUCAUAGAUAAAAAUGGGGACGGCUGCAUCUACAGAGUGGACUUUAUCAAUAUAUUAACACACAACAACAGUUCUAUCACAAAAGAGGAAGCAGACCUUAUGUUUACAGAAGCGGAUACUUUAGGGAAAGGCUAUAUUGACUACAAAGAUUUUGUUGAUUCCAAGUUGUGCAACUCCAUAUUCAGAUGAUGUUUGCAUUUUGUCGGAACCUUUCCACCAAGUAACUUCUUUUUCUAGAAGGGAUUAAACCGGUACAAUUAUUUAGAGCAGACAGUGGUUUUGAAAAUAUUUCAAGAUGAAUAACAUUAUCAAACAAUAUGUAUAUAAUUUUGGAUUAUGAAAUGUGUACUUACUUCAUAUUAUAAGAUGGAGUGUGUUUGGGAUGAUGCCAUGGGAAUAUAAGAUGGAGUAUGUUUUGUGAUUAUAAGAUGGAGUGUGUUUGGAUGAAUAUUUGUGAUUAUAAGAUGGAGUGUGUUUGUGGAUACCUUGUGAUUAUAAGAUGGAGUGUGUUGGUGGAUACCUUGUGAUUAUAAGAUGGAGUAUGUUUGGGUGGAUAUCUUUUGAUUAUAAGAUGGAGUGUGUUUUGGUGGAUAUCUUGUGAAUAUAAGAUGUAGUGUGUUUGGUUGGAUAUUUGUGAUUAUAAGAUGGAGUGUGUUUGGGUGAAUAUCUUGGGAUUAUAAGAUGGAAUGUGUUUCAGUGGAUAUUUUGUGAUUAAAAGAUGGAGUGUAUUUGGGUGGAUAUUUAUGCUUAUAAGAUGGAAUGUGUUUUGGUGGAUACCUUGAGAUUAUAAGAUAGAGUGUGUUUGGUUGUAUAUUUGUGAUUAUAAGAUGGAGUGUGUUUGGGUGGAUAUUUGUGUUUGGGAAGAUAUUUGUGAAUAUAAGAUGGGGUAUGUUUCAGAGGAUAUUUGUGAUUAUAAGAUGGAGUGUAUUUGGGUGGAUAUUUAUGAUUAUAAGAUGGAGUAUGUUUUGGUGGAUACUUUGUGAUUAUAAGAUGGAGUGUGUUUGGUUGGAUAUUUGUGAUUAUAAGAUGGAAUGUGGUUGGAUGGAUAUUUGUGAUUAUAAGAUGGAAUGUGUUUCGAUGGAUAUUUUGUGAUUAAAAGACGGAGUGUGUUUGGGAAGAUAUUUGUGAAUAUAAGAUGGGGUGUGUUUCAGAGGAUAUUUGUGAUUAUAAGAUGGAGUGUAUUUGGGUGGAUAUUUAUGAUUAUAAGAUGGAGUAUGUUUUGAUGGAUACUUUGUGAUUAUAAGAUGGCGUGUGUUUGGGUGGAUAUCUUUUGAUUUUAAGAUGGGGUGUGUUUGGAUGGAUAUUUAUGAUUAUAAGAUGGAGUGUGCUUUGGGUGGAUAUUUCUGAAUAUAAGAUGGAGUGUGUUUGGGUGGAUAUAAUGUGAUUAUAAGAUGAAAUGUGUUUUGGUGGAUAUUCAGUGAUUAAAAGAUGGAGUGUGUAUGGGAGGAUAUUUGUGAAUAUACAUGUAAGAUGGAGUGUGUUUGGGAGGAUAUUUGUGAAUAUAAGAUGGAAUGUGUUUGGGUGGAUAUUCUGUAUAUAAGGUUGAAUGUGUUUUGGAGGAUACAUGUGAUUAUAAGAUGGAGUAUGUUUUGGUAUAUACCUUGUGAUUAUAAGAUGGUGUGUGUUUUGAUGGGUGUCUUGUGAUUAUAAUAUGGAGUGUGUUUGGAGUGGAUACCUUGUGAUUAUAAGAUGGAGUGUGUUAGGAUGGAUACCUUGUGAUUAUAAGAUGGAAUGUGUUUGGGUGGAUACCUUGUGAUUAUAAGAUGGAGUGUGUUUAGGAUGAGGCUUUGUAAUCAUAACAUGGAGUGUACUUAAGAGGAUAUUUGUGCUUAUAAGGUAGGGGGUGGAUAGGUGGUAAUCUUGUAAAUAUAUGGAGUAUGCUUGGGAAUAUGCCUUGUGAUUCCAAGAUGGAGUGUGUUUGGGAUGAUACUUUGUGAAUAUAUGUUGGGGAGGGGGGGGGUAUCUUGUAAUUAUAUAAGAUGGAAAAUUGUUUAGAAUUAUCAUUAUUUUUUAAUGGUGUGUGUUUUGGAUGAUAUUUUGUUAAUACAAAUCAUAAAUGUAUGGCUAUUUGUUAGUUGACAAUCCAUAUGAUUCUUGGCACACUUAUUUUGACUACAGAUAACCCCGUUUACCUGAUCAAGAUAUAGGGCUCAUGGUGGAUGUGACCGGUCGACAGGGGAUGCUUACUCCUGGGCACCUGGUCCCACCUCUGGUAUAUCCAGGGGUCCGUGUUUGCCCAACUUUCUAUUUUGUAUUGCUUAAAGGAGUUAUGAGAUUGAUCACUGUUUGUUAUCUUCACCUGUCAUGAUAUAGAUAUGAUUUUUUCAGUAUAUGUAUAUACUUACAUUUAUUACGUUUGUCAGUAAAAGUUAUAUAUCUUCACCUUU